AUGACAGACGCCGACGCUUCGCUCGUCCAAGUCGCUGGUGCGGGGUUUCGCCUAUCUCUUCUUCUUAAUGCUGCAGCCUGCCAACUAGCACAAUCAAAGAUCGAGAUUCACAGCAUCGCCAAGGGCAUUUCGCUCUUCGCGUCGACCCUCAAACAUGUACCACAAAGGUUGGACGCGUUGAAUUUAACCACUUCAUCUGAGUUUACCAAGAAAACACGUGAGAUCGCGAGUCAGGGCCAACUGGUGUUCACCGAUAUCAACCAAAUGCUGGAUAAAUUACAGGUUACUGAUGCCGACGAAGAACUGAGAAAUCUUCCCGUGCAAGAGCGGCUGAAGUGGUGCUUUCGGAAACAACACGUCACAUAUCUACUGGCAUCCCUCGAGUCUCUUAAGCUUAGUUUGAUUGUGAUGCUGCGGAUAUUGGAAUUGGCACAACUGACAGGUUCGAAUAUUGAAUCGACUGGAAAUGGACUUGCGCCAAUCGAAACAGGAGAUGCUAUUGCGCAGGAGAAAGCAGAAACACAGAACAUGAUCAUUAUUCGAUACUGGUCCGUCAAACGUCUAGAUAGAAUGUGGGACUUGGUGGAACAAGAGGCCCUUGAUGCUGCCAACAAUCCCACCAGCCAGAAAAUCAACUAUUAUCACUCUUCCUCCCCUAAUACCCCGUCAGCAGUGAGACCAUUGGUUGCUACAGCCAGGGGUCCCGGUGUUACUAAACUUCAAGCUUUGACAUUUGGGGAUAUCGAUAUAGGACUCAGCAAUAUCGAACGAUCUCCUAAAGAUAUGGUUCAACUUUCUGAAAAUGCAAUGAACCGGCUUUUGUCACUUUGGCUACCACCAUUGGACACCUCGAUCUCGCGAAGUCAUGAGAGAUUUGUUCACUAUUCUGACGAAAACAGCCUACCUCAGGUUUCUAUCUCCUCUGAUAGCGAUGAUGAGUCUCAGGAUCAAGAGCUCGAUGGCAGGGCAAUUCGCGGUUACUACUUGGAGGGUACUACGACCGACUGGAGAAAGCCUCAGUCCCAACAGGCUCGAUAUGAGGCGGCUCAGAAGCGCCAGCAAUACUCUGGCUAUCAAGCACAUGUAGAAAAUGAUGACUCGGAAGCAGAAGAAGCUCCGCAACGGCAGGAAUCUGUUGAAGCAAGCCUUCGACCAAACCUUGCAAGCGAUGGAGGUGAACCGAGAUCUGUUCCAUGCCAGCAACCAGGCUCCAGUCACACAAAUGGCGGACGUGUACACUCCAAUAGUUUCUCAUCUGGUUACCCAACUUAUCAAUCUCAGGGUCCAGAUACCAGAGCACAACCUUACGCCAACACUAGCUUCCCACCAAACCAAUCUAUCCCACGUUCUCAACCCCCACCGCCUCCAUCGCAUUCUUCAUACGCCCCCCAAGCCUCACCAGGCCACCCACCGCAACAGUAUAGAUACCUUGCGAAUCAGGAAUAUUAUGGAAGCGCCCCACGAACUAUCCCAGUCAACCCCAAUCGUGCCAGUAUGCCAGGCCAUUCACCAAGAGGUGGCUCACCCAGUGCAUCUGAGCCCCCCUGGCCGCCCCGGUCACAGGGAUACAACAAUGGAUCACUCCAGCCUCGGCACCGCCAGUCUCUUUAUCCACUUUCAACAUCGUCCCCGGAGUCUACCCUCCGGCCAUCGCCGCCCCGUUCGGCCCAACGGUCCCCGACUCAUUCCCGUCGAUCUUCACGGGAAGAAACGAGAGGCCGGAACAAGGAGCUGACACGCACCGCAACUAGAGGAUUCGCGGGGAUCGGCGCUAUCGGCGCAUUCAUGGAUGCGCUAGAAACGUUCGAUAUCCUCUGA